CAUUUGAGUUAAGAUAUUCUCUCUUGUCAUACCAAAGUAAAAGAUGACGUUUUGCAAAUCUGAGAGUUUCCGAUUUCUCCAGUCUGCUCGUAUCUUGGUUAUUUCUUAUUGUCUUGUUGGUAUAAUUCUUGAUAUAUACUUCAAAUAUACUCCUGAUCUUCCAUGGACUCAUUUGAUUACUGGAACAAGUCCAUCACUUGAGCUCAUUGUGAUUGGGGCUCUUUUAAUGAAUUCUUCAACAGGAAAUAACAUUGCCUAUUACGUUUGUACUGUAGACGUAAUCAUUGGAAUUCUCUGUCUUCUAACUCUUCCAGUAAUUUCUGUUGCUGAAAACGCUACUGGUCAUCACCUCCGUCUCCCAUUUGUAUCAACUUUUCACUCCAGUUUCAAAUUUCAAGUAACCUCCACACUUGAUGUUUUCUACAUUACAAUCUUCCUUGGAUUUGUCUCAACUCUGCUCAUUUUGCUUUUCCUUGGAUUGGACAUGCUGAAAUUUAUGCUGCUUCGCAAAAUCUGUCGUCAUGAUCAACUAGUUGCGGAGAAGUUGGUUCAGCAAGCCGAGAGAGUUUAAAUUGUUUUGUAAAUAUGAACCCAAUGAAAUAUGAAAUAUAAGUUUU